AUGAUAUCCUUAAGAACGAAUCCUGUAUGCAGAGGCAGGAAACAGGUCCUUCUCGGGGUCAGCUCAUCGCCAUUCAAGACCUUCUUUUUUUCCACCGGUCGGCCUUCCAUACUUAUUAACCAGCGCACGAGGAUCGGCGGCUUGUUAAAAGGAAGUCUCCCUCAGCGAGAUGAGGGCGUCUGCAACACCGGAAAUCUUAGGUUUGAAGUACCAUUGAGGACACCGGAAGGAAGUAGGUUCCUCUUACCCGGAUGUGGUGCUAUGAGUAGGAAACCUGAUUUUUCACAGCCUGAUCGAUACCGAUCCACGUCAUAUCAUAUAGCCUAUACUCAUAACAUACUCCUCCACUCGAAUCAAGUUCCAGAACAUGAAGACGAUGGCGUAACCAAAGACGUGAAUGGACUGGCAGGAGAUUGGAUGCUGCAGCUCUUUAUUGCAUCCUGCUACCGCACUGUUUUCUUCAGCAGUGGAUCAAAGCGCAUUCAUUAUCUUUGCUAA